AUGCCGCUUGUUCGCGGCCCGGUCUUCGACUUGUUGCUACUUGAGCUCCUCGAGCUGCUGGACGGGCGGGCAACGCUUCGCCUCUUGGCGCUUUGCCGCGACGCCCGUAGGCCAGAGUGGGCGGCGCGGGGCGCCGCCGCGCGGAGGCUCGCAGAAGAUUUCGCGGCUUUCCUGCAAGGCGCGCGCGUUCGCUUGCCGGGCUUCGAGCUCUGCGACUUUCUCGAAGCGCGGGCCUGUUGGGACUUCAACGAGGAGCGGGCAAACCGCUUCCGCCCGCCCGCCUUUUUAGCCGGCGCCUUCUGCGCGGGCUCGCAGUUCCAGAUGCGGCGCUGGAUUGAUCGCUAUUGGCGCCUCCGGGGCCUCGAUCCAAUGGAAGUGCUGCAGCGGCUCAACUUCUUCGACUUGCUUGGGGGGCCAGAGUUUGACUUCUACCUCGGCUUGCUGCGCAAGGGCCAGGCUCGCUUCAUCUACUCGCGCGAAGUCGAUCGGCCUGGCGAUUUCCGCGGCUGCUUGGCGGCGGGCGACGAAGACGACGAGGAGCCGCCCUUCGACGCCGGGCUGGCCAUUGUGUUCCGCUGCGACCACUUCCUGACGGCUGUUUGCGCGCGGCAAGCUCGGCCGGCGCGGCCGCGGAAGAGAGGAGGCGGAGGCGAACAAACGGCGAGAGACGGAGAAGAGCGGAGGGAGAGCGCGGCCUGCUGCUUGUCGCCGCUGCUCUUUCGGCGCAGCUCCGGGCCCAAGCCACUUCCAGCUUCGCCGCGCAUGCUGCAAACGCUGGGCCAGCGGCCCCGAUGGGCCGACGUGUGGGACUCCGAAAGCGACGAGGGAGAGGACGACGUGGCGGGCGCGCGGCAGGCGCCCGCGGCCGCGGCUCUCUCUGAGGCCCGGGCUGACAACGGCGCUCUCUGGCGCGAAGUCGCCGCCUUUGCGGGGGCGACCACGGGGCCUUGCGCCUACUUGCGGCUUCCAACUUUGGCCUUGUGGCAGGCGCGGCUGCGCCGAAAGUGCGAAGACUGGCGCUUUCCGCUGCCUUCUUGGCGAUGGCUGGUCUACGGCGAGCCGCUGCGCCUGCACGCCGAGGUCCAAAUUUUUGUGCUCUUCCUAGGCUUCGUUUCGGAGCGGCGCCUGUCCCGGCCUUGCCGGCGGGCGGUCCGGGCUUGGCAAGGGCGGCUGAAGGCUGCCGCCUUGGACUGCGACUUUCCGUUUCCUGUGUGGCGAGACGUGGUCUGCUUUGACCGCUUCCGCCGCGGCCGCCCUUGCGUCCGGCUGAGUCUGGACCGGGCCCUGUUCGCAGCCGCGGGGUUCUUGAGCGGACCGCCGACAGUCGCAAAACGCAAGACGUUGCGGGCGACAGCCGGCGUGGACCGAGAGUUGCGCGCCUUGUCUUGCAAGGGAGUUGGCGAACGCCGUGGCCAUUUGCUCAAGCCCUCGACCGCGCCGCCGCCCUCCAGCUUUCUGCGAGCAGGACUCGCCGGCAGGCCGGCUGCCCCGUCGCAAGUUUGCCGGCGGCGCCCGCAGGACCAAACUAUGGCCCCCGGAGUAGGCCGAGAUUGCCACGGCUCCGCCCCAGCGCUCGGCCGGGGCCCCCCGCAAGUGCUCGGCCUCUUCUCGCCAAACCUCUUCGACGCCGUCCUGGUCGCCGGCCUUGCGCUCCAGGAAGUCGACCAGCUCGGCGCGCAGCUCUUCCCCACAACGCGCCUCCCGGUCUUGCGCCGCAAGGGCGUGGAAGAGGCAAUUUCCGUCCCCGGGCACGCCGACCACCGCCAAGACGCAGACCGCGGCGACCUGCGGCGGCGGCGAAGUGUCUGCGCGCAACGGCGCGGCCCGCGCGGGCUAAGUUCACGCAUUUUCCGCCGUGCCUCGUCCGAAGAAGCGGCCGCGCGCGCGGGCUUGCGGCUCAAUCGCCGCCGCCGCGGCCAAGCUUGGGAACUCCUGGCCGCGCGCGCCGAGCGCCGUCUCUCGGCGACUGCGGCGCAGCCCCUGCGCCGGAGCGAAGCAAAGCGACGGCGGCGGCUGCGGCCACGCCGGGGCCAUCUCGUCAAAGAGCUCGACUUCGACCAAGGCGUUGUAGUGGCCCACGCCGUCGUAGAGGAGGUGAACGACCGGCGCGUCGGCGUCGACAAGCGCCGGCGCCGGGAGAAGGCGGCCAGCAAAGCCCCUGCGACGCGCGCGGCCAAGGAGUUGGCGCAGGAGCUCUGCGCCUGGCCGGCGCCCUCGCCGCGCGCCAGCGAAGCCAAGAUUGCGGCCGGAGACGUUGACAUGGCUUCCGCUUCCGCGGCCUCUUCGAACGCCGCAGCGGGCGAGGCCCUGAGCGACGAGAGAGAGUUUCGCGUGGCUGUCUGGGUCGCUGCGGCAGGCGGCGGCGAUCUGCGCCUUGGCGGUCGUCGACGUGCCCGGGGAUGGGAACUGCCUGUUCCACGCGAGGCGGGUCGCUGUGGGGAGGAGCUGCGGGCGGAGCUGGCGAACUUUCUGGAGAGCGAGGCCUUCCGCCAGGACGGCUUUGAGGAGGUGUGGCUGGAGGAGGCAGAACACUUGCGGGGGCCUGCGGCGGAGUGCUGGGGCGGAGCCGUGGCCAUCUCGGCUUAUUCUUUGCUUCGACAGCGGCGGGUCUUCGUCCACGUCAAGGUCGCGGGCUCCGACGUCGUGGAGGUGCAGGACAGCUCCCACGCAGUUGUCGACGCCGACGCGCCGGUUGCCCACCUCCUCUACAACGGAGUGGACCACUACAAAGCCUUGAUCGAGGCGGAGCUCUCCGACGCGAUGGUCCCGGCCUGGCCGCAGCCGCCGCCGCCGCGCUACUUUGCCCCGGCAGUCGCGGAAGCUGCGGGGGCCACGGCGGCCGCUGUCUACGCAGAGGACUGCGUUCGCUUGCGCGCGGGGUUGACUUCGCGGCCAGGAGUUUCCAAGUCCGGCCGCCGCCGCGGCCGCCCGCAAGCCGGCCCGCUCAGGCCGCGGACUUGGCCGCGCGCCGCCGCGGCCCGCCCGGCCCGCUCCGGCGCAGCCCCGCGCCGCCUUUGGGAAAAGACCACGCCGGCGCCGGAGCUGCAGGACGACGUGAUGGAGGAAGUUGGCAAAGCCUUCGUGACCCCCGCAACCCAGACCUCCCACCCCCUCCGCCCUUUAGAGGACGGAGCGGUCUGGCCCCGCGCCUUCUGCGCCUUUGACGGCUGCGGGUGGGAGGCGGCGGACGGCCUGGAGGCCGACCUAGCCCGACAUCUCGAGGCGGAGCACGCCGAGGACUUGGAGCCCGUCGCCGCUCGCCUUCUCAGGCCUCGCUGCCCAGACGCGCUGUCGAGCGUUUACAACGAGGCGGUCGCUCAACGCUGCCGCGCCGACGCGCCGCUGGCGGGGUGCUCUUUGGACCGCACCGCGCUGCGCUCCUUUGCCAAGGCAACCGCGAAGGACAGCGUGGAGGCGCUGAUUUGUUUCUGCUGCGCCUGCGUCUACACCCGCGUGGCGGAGGUCGGGGAGCGGAGCGAGGUCCAAUGGCAGCGGCCACUGAGCCGCGCGCCGUCGGGGGAGCUUCUCUUCUUCGGGCGGCCGGCGGCUGCUGCGGCGGAGGUCCUCGGCUUGGAGCACUUCCUCAACAAGUACGACCAGCUCGACGCGCCCGGCAAGAAGUUGUCCGACCACGAGACCUUCGCCUCCUGGAAGUUGCGGCUGCCUGGGCCCGACGACGUCGAGCUCUUGUGCUGCCCGGAAGACCACCGCUGCGGCGCGGCCCCUGAACACGUCGCGGAGGGCGUCCUCUGCGAGCACUGCGAGCUGCCGGUCUGCGGCGAGUGCCUUGGCCAUCUCGCAGAAGCGGAAUUGCCCCCGCUCAGCUUGGCGAACGACAUGUGGACGGGCUACGCCCCGGAGCGGAUCUACGCGGAGGAGGCGACCGUGAUGGAGCUGAUCUGCGCCUCGCCCUGCGUGACCACCCUGAUUUGCAUGUCUAUGGAGGCGCGGUUCCGCGGCGAGGCCGGCGCCCUAGACGAAGCGGCUCACAUGGCCAGGCAUCGCUUCGGGGCUCGAGGCAACGCUCUGUCCUUCCCGCUGCCCUGGGAAGACGUCUUGCAAGCCUUGCAGGCGGGCGGCGACCGGGCGGCGGCGCUGCCGCGCAGUGGGGCGGAGCUCGGCCAACUGGUCCGCGUUCUGCUCAAGACCAACAAGAAAGGCAAGACGACCGACGCGGAGAUCAAGGGCCUCAUCCACCAGGCGAACGUGCGGCGGGAGGUCGUGGUCAACCUCGUCUUGGACAUGAAGCGCCUGGGCCAUCCAUCCUUCGCGGGCGCGGACGAGGAAGGCGUGCGACUUCGAGCCGCCGCGCUUCCGACCGACGGGGCGCCGCCCGAGGUGUUGAAGGUCGUGGCCCAGGUGGACGCCGACUUCGACGACGCCGAGGACAAGUUGCGGCCGCAGAAGGCGGCGACGCCGUGCGACGGGCGGCAAGAGGACGUCGCCGCCGCCGGCGCGACCUUUGCCGCCCAGCGCGCGCGGGCGGUGGUCGCGGAAGGUUGCGCGGAGGAAGACGCCAAUCAAGCCGCGGCGGCCGCGCUGAAGAAGCUGCGGGAGGAGCUCGCGACGGAGGCGGAGCUGCGGAGCAUGGAGAAGCUAGAAGUCAGGGCCGGCAAUCAGCUCGUGGACCAGUUCCAGCCCCUCUACUUCGCCGUCGCCUUCUGCUUCUGCUUCCCCCGCGGGACCGCGUGCCCAGACGUCCGGAACUCUGCGGCGCGCGCGGAAGAAGAAGAAGGGCGCCGCAGCAGGCGCGAGAGGAGCGAGACCGGCGCGCCCAGAGUGAAUAUCCGCGCCUGGGCCGCGGCCAUGCAGCGCCGAGUCGAGGCGCAGUUCCGACGCGACUGGACCUUCGGCUUCGCAGUCUGGAACUACCUCUUCCGGACGGCGGUCAACCUGCAGAAGAACGCCUAUAUGUUUUCGGCGCCCGACGCCGACGGCGGCGGCUAUCACUCACCAAAGCCGGAGGAGAUCGUCGCGGGCGCCCAGGAGCUCGCCCGCCGCUUGAACGGCACUUACACGGACGUCAACGGCGGGGAGAAGCCGGUCCGCGGGGAUUUGACCAAGCUGCGCUUCGCGAACUUGCAGCCCGCCGCCCGCAAGAUCUUGGCCAACGUCGAAGCCCGGGCCGCGAACAUCCCCGGGACCCACGAGGCGCGCAAGACCAUGCGCCUCCAGACCCACGCCUACCGCGUCUGCUACGGGACCUCGAUCUUCUUGACUUUCUCGCCUUCGGAGCGAGACACUGCCCUGAUGCUGCGCCUGGCGCGCGUGCGAGAAGAGGACCCCGCGCUGCUGCGGGACGGCGCGAAGAAGUUCCAGGCCCGCGGCGCGCCGGCGCUGGACGAAGAGUUCUGCCGGCUCAGCCCCGAGGCCUUGGCGGAGAGCCUGCCGAACUACGAGGACAGGCGCGCGCUGCUAGCCAGGGACCCGCUGGCCUGCGCGGAGGGUUUCAGGACGCUCGUGCUCCUGACGCUGCGCCACCUUUUGGGGGUCAGGUUCUGCCCGCGCUGCCCCAACUGCGCCGCUUCGGAGCGGCCGUGCAGCGACGCGUUCGGGAGCAACGCCUUGGCCACGGGCGGGGUGUUGGGCAGAGUCGACGCGGUGUUUGGCUCCAUCGAGCGCCAAAAGAGCGGAACUCUCCACGCCCAUUUGCAAGUGUUCGUCCAGUGCCGCCAUCAGCGCGGGUCGCUGGCCGGUAUGCCUCACGUCCGGCGCUCCGUCUACUGCGACCCGGACGGCUGGGAGCACGAUCGGGCCGCCGUGGAGGAGGAGUGGCCGGAGUACAAGGACUGCGCCUUGAUGUUGAGCCGCCCGGCCUACCAGGCGAGCCGCCGGCUGCAGCCCGAAGAGUGGACGCGGCAAUACUUGGCGGAG